AUGGAUAUACAGAGAAAGGAUCCGCCGGAAGCCACCAAGAAUUUCGCCGGAGUUAUGGAAAGCUCCCACUUGGUUAUCUCUCUAUGCUCUCUCUCAAAUGUUAUGCCAAGUCCAAGUAGAGAGAAUGAAGAGGCUGAAGGGAGUUGGACUCUGUCAUGUGGCCUUGCUAAUACUCGAGGAAUAUCAGAAAAGUUGUUGGAAAAACAUCCAACUCUAAUGACAGAAGUAGAUGAUUUUGGAAGGAGUGCUCUCCAUUAUGCUGCACUACAUCGAUCCAAUGAAGUAGCAGAGGAACUAUUAAUGGCUAAUAAAUCGAUAGCAUGCGUAGUUGCAGGAAAAGAUAAAAAUAAGACGGCUCUUCAUAUAGCAACUUGUGAGGGGAACGAGAUGGUUACUGGAGAUGGCCAAAAUAUUCUACACCUUUCGGUGAAAUUCAAACAAGAAGAAGCAUUUAAAUUUAUCAUGAAAAAAUCAUGGGUUGGCAACCUCAUUAACCAAAAAGAUGCUGAGGGAAACACACCUCUCCACGCAUAUGCUGCAACUCCUGAUUUCUACAGCUGUGCUCUUACAGGUGAAGAUAAUCUCCUUUCAAUCCUUUUAAGGUGCGAAAGGAGUGCGUUACUACUAUCCUCUUAUCAUAAUAAUGUGCCAAGUCGAACUAGUGAGUUUUCUAAAAUAAGUGAUGCUCUAAAUGAAAUGACAGAGGACAAAUACCUUCUUUUCCUACAUGUCUUGAUGGAAAAUGAGGAUACCAGAAGUCAAGGAGCCGUAAUGAAGGAAUUAAAAGCAAAUGGUGCUAAGCUAGUUGCCUCAAAUGCAAUGAUUCUUGAAAAUAGUUUGCUAUUGAUGAUGAAGAAGCAUUGUCCUAAAAAUAAAAGAACGGUUCCAACAGAUAUUAGAAAAAUAGGCGACACUCAUAUGGUAGUGGCUGCUCUCAUAAUAACAGUUGCAUUUGCUACCGAAUUUACUAUUCCAGGUGGGUAUGAUGGAAAUGAUGGCCCAAACAAAGGCCUGGUAACUUUAUCAAGAAAAGCUACUUUUAAAGCUUUCAUUAUAACGGAUACAUUAGCUAUGGCUUGCUCUGCUUCGGCUGUUUUUCUCCACUUCUUUGCAGCAGCUGAAAUUGACAAACGAAAGCUCAUGAAUCCGUAUCUUGCUACUGCAAUGCUUGUUAUGGUUGCCAUGGGGGUGAUGGUAAUUGCUUUCAUGACUGGGUUAUACGCGGUGUUAGAACAUUCUCGAGAACUUGCAAUCAUAGAAUGUGUCAUUUGCAGCUUCUGCUUUCUUGUUUUCUACUACCCAAUGAAAAGGGCAUUUAGGAGUCAUGAUGUACUAAACCUGCUAGUUGCAUUUGUUAAAAUGUUGAUUGUCAGUGUUAACUUCCAAUUAAAUGAUAAGUUGCCGUGGAAUCUGUUGGGAUGUUCACUCUGUUAUGAAUACAAAUUGUUCUUAAAGAAAGAAGAAAAAGAUAGAAAUGAGUAG